AUGAAGGCUGGUUUUGUGUUAUUUCUUUGGCUUUCACUCUUCGAAGGCUUUGACUGCGAUUGUCAGGGUGGAUGGGUAAAGCAUAAUGUCUCGUGUUACUACUUUAGUCACGAUACCGAAACGUGGAUAGGUGCCACGCAAAUAUGUCAGGCUCUACAAGGCUCGUUGGUGACGAUAGAAUCACAACAGGAAAACGACUUUCUGGCAAACCAAAUACGUACACUUAAACAUGAAUGGUACUGGAUAGCACUCUCUGACAUGGAAAAUGAAGGCACUUGGGUUUGGAUGGGAGACGGAAAGUUAACACCAGCGGUUUAUACAGCAUGGGACGAUGGGGAGCCGAACAAUUCACACGACAAUGAGAAUUGUGGGGUUCUCAGAGAUUCACAUCAUUGGAAUGACUACAUGUGCCAUCAGCCUGGAUUUUUUAUAUGUGAAAAGCAGGAUGAAAUGGAAAUCAUCGGUUGAUUCGUCUAAUCGAAAACGAAUUGCUUUGCUGCAGACUUGAUCCGAAAUUAUUUGUGAAUGCUAUUAAAAUAUCAAUCAAA